CCGCGCAGAGGCCUCUGGGAAACCGAGUCCACGAUCUAAAUAAUUGAAGCUCCCAUUCCCUUCUCUCCACCGCUAACAAGAUGCCGGCCGUACAUCACAAACUGCUCCUGGAGGACGCUUUGCAGGACAGUCCUCAGACGCGCUCCUUGCUCAGUGUGUUUGAGGAAGAUGCUGGGAUGCUUACAGACUACACCAACCAGCUGCUACAAUCAAUGCAGCGUGUGUUUGGAGCCCAGAGUGAGAUGGGAUUGGCCACAGAGCAGCUCUCGAGGCAACUUCUAGAUUAUGAGAAGAAAAAUUUUGCCCUUGGAAAAGGUGAUGAAGAGGUAAUCAACACUCUGCAGAACUUUGCCCAAACUGUAGGGGAGCUGAACUCACUCCACUCUGUGCUAGCCAACCAGAUGGCCGACAGCAUGGUUUUCCCCUUGAUCCAGUUCCGAGAGAAAGACCUUACAGAGAUAAGCACACUGAAGGAAAUAUUUGGCUUCGCCACUGAUGAGCACGAGGCAGCUAUGGUCAAAUACAGCCGACUGCCCAAGAAGAAGGAGAAUGAGAAGCUGAAGUCAGACUUGGUGAAGGAGGUCGCCUACACUAGAAGGAAGCAGCACCAGGCCUCACUGCAGUAUUACUGCGCCCUCAACGCCCUGCAGUAUCGCAAGAGAGUGGCUAUGCUUGAACCUAUGCUAGGCUACACACAGGCACAGAUCAGCUUCUUCAAGAAAGGUAUUGAGCUGGUCUCAAAGAAGAUGGAGAACUUUCUCUCCUCUGUGUCCAACAUGACUCAAAAUAUCCAGGCCCAGCUGGACACGGAGGCGGAGGCCAUGCGAGCGUCCCAAAGGGAGCUUCUGUCUGUGGAGGACACUGUCUACACGCUAGAUAAGGACACAGAGCCUGUCAAUCGCACACUUAUCCAGAAGGCUGGUUAUCUCAACAUUAGGAAUAAAACAGGCCUAGUGACCACAGCCUGGGACCGACUGUACUUCUUCACCCAGGGAGGGAACCUCAUGUGCCAGCCGCGUGGGGCGGUGGCGGGGGGCAUGGUGUUGGACCUGGACAACAGUUCCGUCAUGGCUGUGGAGUGUGAAGACAGACGCUACUGUUUUCAGAUAACCUCCCCCUCAGGCAAAACGUCAAUGAUUUUACAAGCUGAGAGCAAAAGGGAAUAUGAAGAAUGGAUUUGCACUGUGAACAACAUCUCCAGACAGAUCUACCUGACUGACAACCCGGAGGCUGUGGCCAUCCGACUGAACCAGACCGCCAUCCAGGCAGUCACCCCCAUCACCAGCUUUGAGAAGAGACCAGAGGGCUCACCCAACCCCGACAGAGCAAAGCCAGGAGGUGUGCAUGCUGCCAGUAGUGGUUCCCAGACGACGGGGGCUGCUCCGGAACCAGAAGACCUGAUAGCCCCUGGGACACCCAUUCAGUUUGACAUCAUGCUGCCGGCCUCCGAAUUUCAAGACCAGAACAGGACUGGAGGGAGACGCACAAAUCCAUUUGGAGAAACAGAUGAUGACUGUUCAACAGAAUGUGACGACUCCCUCCUGCAGCAAGUAUUCGCUGUGCGCUUCCAGGGCUCAAUGGCGGUGCGUUGUGGCAACAAUCAGGACGUGAUCUAUGAGGCCAUGAGGCAGGUGCUGGCUGCCCGAGCCAUACACAACAUCUUCAGGACCACUGAGUCCCACCUCAUGGUCACCAGCAGUAGCCUCAGGUUGAUUGACCCUCAAACUCAAGUUACAAGAAUAUGCUUCCAGCUUGGAGAAGUGUGUCAGUUUGCAGCACACCAAGAGAACGGGAGGCUGAUGGGGUUCGUGGUUGAGGGCAGAGACUGGAGUGACGGAGAUGAGGAGGGAGAGCCCUCGUUUAGCGCCUUCAUCUUUGAGAGCAACACAGAGGGCGAAAAGAUAUGUUACACCAUAAGCUUGGCAAAGGACAUUACAGAAGCCAAGAAGGACCCAGAGGCCCUGGCCCAGCUGAUGAAGAACAUGCCUCUGACCAACGACGGCAAAUUCCUGUUGCUGGAGCCUGAGACGGGCGACACGACCAAUGGAGCAGAUGAAGACCUGGAGUCUGAAGCCUAGCCCCAAAAGAGCCCCCAAAAGAGAUUGAAGGUGUAAUCAUGACUUGCUAGCCCUAACUCCGGUACUGUAACACCCAUAUUAGUGAUUGAGGUUCACUUCCACUGACCCUGGGUUACUAGAUCUGCAGUUCCUUUCAUGUUAUGAAAGCAGAAGAUGUUGGCAGGGGUUGCCUGGACCAAAAAGCUAAUCUCACGGUUGUUUUUCUAUGGUCAGACUGUAGCAUGGGUCUUUGGAUUUGUUUUUACACUAUUGUGGUUGGUACUUUAGUCUAAAGGGACAGUAAAUAGGUGUUGAUGGUGUUUCAUUGUCUUUUAAUAUCGACAGCCACCUAACAAAAGGUGGUGAAUCAUUUGUUUUAUUUUAGGUUUACAUUUAUUUCUAAGUUUACAUAGUUUGUUUGGACAGUUUAUUCCUUAUUCUUUUUUGUUUUACACAUUAACUCGUACGCACGGCAUAUAUGCAACUACUUUACUUUAUUUUUGUUUAUUCAUGUACAAAAAAAAUGUAUUGCACUUGCAAAGUUAAUAUCGGUUUAAUAAUGCUUAAUGACUACAGAAUGCACUAAUUGAGACAUUUGAAGCAUCUAUGACUUUUGAGACGAGGAAGGAAUUAAGAUAGGUUAAAAUCACAUCAGUUCCUUUUAUCCUCAGAGCAGUGAUUGUUGCAUUGCUUAUUAUUCCUCUGUCAGCAUGUGUGUCCUGGAGCAGUGGACAAAAUUGGCAUGAGUAAUUAGACUAAACGUUUUUGUUCUUGCCACUAUGAGGUUACACAUACAUGGCACCCUGACUAUCUGAAGCAUUCCCACUGAAAUUAAUUAGUCAUAUUUUCUGUGAUUCAACACUACCUGGACAAAAUAAGUCUUAACACAAUCUGUAUGCAAGGUCCUUGAGCAUUCCAAAUAUUCUUCAGUAAAAUUAGUACUUUGUGCUACGUUUUUUGAAUGCCUAUGUAAAUAUGAACCACCCGAGUGUCUAUGAUGUUUAAUCAGUUGGCUGCAUUAAUAGCUUUGAGUCAAUAUGCUAGGACUGAUGCGGUGCAUGAUUUAAUAAUGGCGUUCUCUUUCGGCCCCUUCGGAGAAUAUUAAAACCUCUAUACUGAGUGCUGAACUAAUACUAAAAAAAACAAAAAUAAGUCACUGAAAUGUUACAGUAGCACAUGUAGGCAGACCACAGCGAAGUAUAAUGUUAUCAUUGAAAAGCAACGUGCUCUUUGCGUAUACGUAUAAACAGAACAGAAGAAAGGAAAGCAAUUGAUCCAUGAAAUACUGCCUUCCCUCUGGAGCCCAAUGCAUUUUAUUCCAUUUCUGCCAAUUGAUGAUGAGCUGUACAACUAAUCUUCAUGGACAGUGGAAGCUUGUGAUGCGCUGUUUGAAUGUAACAUGUUUUUGUACUGUGUAAUACAGACAAGGUGAAAACCAUUGACUUUGAUCGUGAAAGUUAGAUUGUGUUGACCAGUGCAGUUGUGCUUGUUUUUUCUGCUCUACAUCCAAGCUCUUUGUAGAGUCACAUGUUAAACAAGGAAGUGUGAAUAUUGCAUUGACUGCCUGCUCUACUGGUAAAAUAAUUUAUGAUUAUGUUUGAUUGGUUGUAACACUACACAUUGUAAUCAAAGGAAUAGCUUGGAUGAGAAGAUUGAUACCACUAUCUUCUAAUCUAACUCUCCACCAUGUCAAACCUUUGCUUUAAGUUAUACCGAUUAGCCAUUUCUCUUUAUGUUGCCUGAUGCUAUACAGACUAUUUUCUCCAUCUAAUAGACUCGUAACCUUCUUCCUUGGGCGCUGGUUGAAAUGCUUUAAUUACACAAUUAAUAAAACUAGAGCAAUGCUUAGUGCGUCUGUCA